CACUCCACCCAGGUCCCAGUUCUGCAGCCCAGGCUCCCCAGCAAACACAGAGCCCAGGAUCCCUCAGCCUUUCUCUGCACUGACCAUCCCUGCCCCUGGACAGAGCCAGAGUCAGGACUGAAGAUGCCUCUCUUCUCCAGGAAGAAGAAACCCAGCGAUGAUGCUCGCAAACGCUUUGAGUACCAGAUGUGCCUGGCAAAAGAAGCUGGUGCUGAUGACACCCUUGACAUAUCCAGAUGUGAGCUCUCAGAGGUUCCUUAUGGGGUCUUUGCAACUUGCAAGGUCUUGCAAAAAAAGGUGCUGAUUAUUCAUACAAAUAAUCUGACAUCUUUAGUUCCAAAGUCCUGCAGCCUCCUGAGUCUCAUAACUCUAAAGGUUCUGGAUCUGCAUGACAACCAGCUGGCAUCACUUCCUGCUGAUAUUGGUCAGCUGGCAGCUCUUCAGGUCCUAAACCUUGAAAAGAAUCUUUUAAAAAGUCUUCCACAAUCUAUAGGAGACCUUGCCCAGCUCCAGGUCCUCAAUGUGAAAGGGAACAAGCUGAGGGAGCUGCCCAGGAGUGUGAGCAGCCUGCGGAGCCUGCAGGCUCUGGAUGUCAGUGGGAAUGUGCUGCAGGAGCUGCCCCGGGUGCUGGCCCACGCCCGCAGCCUGCAGACGCUGACCCUGGAUGCCUCUGCCAUGACCUACCCACCCCCUGACAUCUGCAGCGAGGGUACAGAGGCCAUCCAGAAGUUCCUCUGCAAGGAGUGUGGAAUUCCAUACUACCCUCCCUCACAGUGCCUGCUCCCCACGCUGGAGAGCGAUGGAGGAGGAACUUCAGUGGAUGGGGUGGACAGGACAGUGGAGAAGUACCUGCAGGAGGAGAGUGAGUGGCAGAACAAAUUCCUGGAUUAUGAGAAGAGGAAGGAAAGAAAAAUGCAGGAGAAGCUGGACUUCGAGCGGCGGCUGGGCAUGGGGCAGCGAGAACAGGCACUGCUGGUGCAGCAGCUCAACAGCCACAAGGAUGAGAUCCUGCAGACAGUGAGAGAGGAGCAGCAGAGGCUGGAGCAGGGUCUGUCGAAGCACCAGCGCUAUUUGGAGGAGGAGAGGCUGAAGCUGCUGCAGCAGCUGAAGGACACAGAGCAGGGCACUGCCAGCCGCAUCCAGAAGCUGCUGGAGGACAGCCAGAGGCAAAAACAAAGUUCAGACAUUUUGAAGUCCUUGGAGAAUGAGAGAAUCAGAAUGGAACAACUGAUGGCAAUAACCCAGGAGGAGACGGAGCAGCUGCGCAGGAGGGAAGUGGCCUCUGCCAUGCAGCAGAUGCUGGCUGAGACCUACAAGAACAAGCUCCUCCAGAUGACCUCUGAGUCUCGUCGGCAGGACCUCAUCAGCCAGGCCUGCUCCAGCCUAGCUGAGAUGGAUCAGAAGUUCCAGCAGAUCCUGGCUUGGCAGCAGCUGGAUCAGAACAAAGCUGUCAGUCAGAUCUUGCAGCAGAUUGAGAUGCAAAAAACUGCCUUUGAAGCUCUCCAAGUGAAGAAGGAUCUUAUGCACAGGCAGAUCAGGAACCAGAUUAAAUUAAUAGAAACAGAGUUAUUGCAGCUGACACAGCUGGAAUUAAAGAGGCAAGAACUGGACACAGAGACGCUGCAGGAGGCGGUCACGGAGCAGCGCCGGGCACUCAGCUGCCUCCUGCAGCAGCUGCUCAAGGAGAAGAAGCAAAGGGAGGAAGAACUGCAGCAAAUCCUGCUGGAAAUGGAGGCAAAGAGCGAAACCAAACAGGAGAACUACUGGCUGAUCCAGUACCAGCGCCUGCUGAACCAGAAGCCCCUCUCCCUGAAACUCCAGGAGAAGGGUUUGGAGCAGCAGCUGGUGACCCUGCUGCUGGAGCUCUCUGCUCACCAGUACGUGCCAGUCUUCGCUCACCACCGAAUAUCCUUGGAAACGCUCGGCACCAUGAGUGCCAGUGACCUGGAAAAGCUCGGUGUGGCAGAGGCUGGUCUGCAGCGUGCCAUCCUCAGGCGGGCUCAGGAGAUCCUGGCUGCGGCCACCACCACCCCAGAGCUGCCGAGGGACACCGGGGUCCCUGCGGCCCCAGAGCCCAGCGCUCCCCUGGAGGAGCCCCCGAGCCCCUCGGCCCCACCGCUGCCCUGGGACCAGAGGAAGUCGGAGUGCGUUGUGUGCCUGGAGCAGGAGCCCCAGAUGAUUUUCCUGCCCUGUGGCCACGUCUGCUGCUGCCGGGGCUGCUGCGAGCGGCUGCUCUCGUGUCCCCUGUGCCGCCAGGACAUCGCCCAGCGCAUCCGCAUCUUCCCCAGCGCUUAGGCCGGCCCGGGAGGCCUUCUCCUCUUAUCCCCUCACCAGCACAACCAGCACUGCCCUGCCCGUGCACCUCAGCAUCCUCGCAGCUCCCCGAUGGCUCCUCAGCACCCAGCUGGGGCUCCUCCAGUGAAUGCUGCCCGCCCGGCUUCCCCUGCCUGGGUGACAAACUGGGAGCAGCUGUGGCUCCUCCUGUCUGGCCCAGGUGUUUCAGACAGGCCCCUGGCUCAGCAGGGACACGGGGAGUGCUUCCAGCAGGGCCUGUGGGGGAGUUUCCCCUGGGAGGAUUUGGCCGGGACGUGCUGCCCUUCAUGUGCUGACUGUGCCUUGCACCUCUGUCAUGCCAAAGGUCUGGGGCUUCUGCUCUGGAGCCCCACAGGAGCGUGUCUGGGUCUGCAGCCUCAGGCAGGGCAGAGCCAGGAGCUCCCCAGCCCCCAGAUCCUGCUCCUGUGGGAGGGGAGAGUGCAGCACCCCCAGGAUUGGAGGGGCC